AUGACUCAAGAAAUUGUAUUAACGAGACCGUUGGGAUUGUGUGAACACUUUCUUCGAUCUAGAACUGUUUCAGGGUUUUAUGUCAAUUUUGCUGUUACUGGUACUUAUUCUUUGGACUUGAAGGAAGACUUGAGCAUUGUAUUUAAAAGUCUAAGAAAAACUAUUCUUGAUUAUCAUAUUUUGAUUUGUAAUGUCUUUAAAGAUACUGAUUUGAACGAUUGCAUACUCAAACCCAUAGAGCUGGCAAAAUUUAGCGAUAUCGUGGUUAUCGAAGAUUCUGAUGUGUUUUUAGAUGGAGAAGACACAAUUAACGAAAAAUUCAUGAAAAGAGUCAACGAGGAAAAGUUUGAUUUGUACAAAAAUUCACCUUUAUUCCGAUUAUUCAUAAUAGGGAGACAUAAUCUCUGUGCUGUCUUUGAACAUACGAUCGCUGAUGGAGUGGCUGGUGCUCUCUUUCACGAGCUAUUUUUGGAGAAUCUAGCGUUCGUGAUGCAAUUCAGCAACAAAGAAAUUUUAGAGAUUGACUAUGGAAUCAGUGAAGCUGACUGUAAUAUAGAAUUUGCUUCUCUAUUUAACUACGAAGCAGAUUUUAAGUUUUUGCGGCAUUCGUUACCUCCGCCGAUUGACAUCUUCAUGGCAGAUCCGAAGUUAAGAUAUGGCGAAGCAAAUUAUUUUGACAAAAUAAUUCCCGACAGUCAUCCAGAUAAAUGGGAGGGAUUUCAUCCAGCAGAAUUGAAUUAUUCUAUUGCGUUUAAAUUAGUGAAUUUGACGCCUUCUGAUCUUAAAAGUGUAUUAUCAAAGUGCAAAGAUAUGAAAGUAUCAUUAACGGCAUACUUCUGCGUUGUCGCCGCUCUUACCUUGCAGCCAUUAUUUGGAGAUAAGAAGCACACUUCUCACAGGGUUGCAAUAUCUUUAAGAAGGCACCUAGAUCUAAGAGGCGUCCCUACAGAAAGCCAAAACAAUUCAAAAUGCUUUAAGCGUAAGAAGUUAGGUUCAAAUGCAUUUGUAGGAUUGCCUGAGAAUUUUCCACCGUUUACGGACUUUUCCUGGGACAUGGUGAAACAAGUUAACAAUCAUAUAAAACUCGUGGCUACUAAUAAUAAAGUUUUCAACACUCUUCAUAGUUUUCAGAUAAAUUAUGAUAAAUUGGGUGAAAAUCCUAGCUAUUUUGAGUCAACUCUUGGUUAUCCAAAACAAGAUGCUACAAAGAUCUCCAACUUAGGGUUUAUUAACUUUCCAAUUUACCAAGUUGUCAAUAAUGAUUUGACUAUAGAGAACUUGAUAUUUUCUCAAGAUAUGUCUCCCAAUACAAGUGAGUUCAUGUUUAAUAUAGUUUCAACACCAAUAGGUGGCAUGAAUAUAGUUCUUAGUUUUCAUGACGAUAAAAUUGAUUCUACUGGCUCUAUGAUAUUUGAUAACUUGGUCGUUCAAUUGAAAAGAGCUAUUCUUCAAUACUGCACUUAG